CGACAGAUGAGGGCAGGAGGGGAGUGACGACGAGGGGUUUUCCGCUGAUGUGUGCACCGGCGAUGAAGAUGAAGCGUGUAUAUUUAGAGAGAUGGACAGAGAUGAGGAGGAAAGGACCUUCGCACCUCUUCUGCUGCUUCUCAGCCUAAACUCAUCAAGCAAAAGCCACCAUGGAAGCUGCCAUCACCACCAUCGUCUCCCAGUUUAAGGCGUACGCUGGGAAUGAGGGGUCCUCCUCCACGCUGAGUAAAGACGAGUUUCACAAACUGGUGACCUCUCAGCUUCCCAACUUCGUCAAGAACGCCAGUGACCCCGCCUCCAUCGACCAGCUCAUGAGCUCCAUAGACGAAAACAACGACGGGGAGCUGACCUUCUCCGAAUUCUGGCAGCUGAUUGGAAUACUGGCGAGAAAACAGGGAGGCUUCAGCUAAUAGACCCGACCCAGGCGGCUCGGUUAAUUCACCUGUUGUAAACGGAGGAGAGGGCAUCUGAUUUCUUUUAUCUCUCUGUGCCAGAGCCACAUGUGUAACUGCAUAGUUAACCAUUUGUUUGAUGGGAGGAACUUUGAAUUAAAGCCUCUGUUGUUUUAAACCCUGAA